AAAAUCAGUUUCGUGUCUGUUGCUGCUUCCGAAAUUUCUCUGGUCCCCUCUUUUGUUUUUUCUCAAUUUAUAGAUCCAUGAUAAUUUUUUCAUUAUUCUGAUCAUCGAGUGUUGGGUAGAAUUUGAAAUCUGCUGGGAUCAAAGGCGACACAAUGAAUACUGGGGAAUAUAUCAAUAUUCAACCCUCCGAGCUCAAAUUCCCAUUUGAAGUGAAGAAGCAAAGUUCUUGUUCCUUGCAAUUGACCAACAAAACGGAAAAAUAUGUUGCCUUCAAGGUUAAAACCACCAAUCCCAAGAAGUACUGCGUUCGUCCAAAUGCUGGAGUCAUUUUGCCCAAUAGUACAAGCAAUAUUACAGUUACCAUGCAAGCUCCGAAGGAGUCGCCUCCUGAUAUGCAGUGCAAGGAUAAGUUCUUAAUUCAAAGUGUUGUAGCACCAGAUGGUGUAGCAUCAAAGGACAUUAGUCCAGAAUUGUUUAACAAGGGAGACGGUAAAGCAGURGAUGAGUAUAAGAUGAGGGUUGUUUACAUUUUUGCAAAUCCUCCAUCACCCGUCCCAGAAGGAUCCGAAGAAGGAUCUCCUCCCAGGACCACUGGGCUUGAAGAUGGAAACCAAAAUUUUGCAUUGUUUGAUGCUGUCUCUAGAUCUCUGGAGGAGCCUAAAGAGAAAUCAUCACAGGCAUCGUCUGCCAUUUCUAAGUUGACCGAGGAGAAAGCUGCUGCUUUGCAACAGAGUCAGAAACUACGCCAGGAGCUGGAACUUCUGAGGAAGGAAUCGAACGGAAGGCAGGCUGGCGGUUUCUCGGUAUUGUUCGUGGUGCUAGUCGGUCUGAUCGGAGUUCUGAUCGGCUACUUGGUGAAGAAAACAUAGGCAAGUCAGGCAGUUCCUUUCUUUUUGUUUGUKGCAUUUUGCUGUUAUUAUCUGUGUUUGGUCUAGAAAUAACCACCUUUUUAUGGCAUCAAAUGUUUUAGUGCGUCAAAAGGCAGAGUUAUGGAUGUGAAAUCAUUUGUUUUACCCUUUGACUCUGGAUAGUUGUUUCUUGUGAAGAAUACUUUUUGAAUGGAUUCAAAUCAGUUGCUUGACUGUUCUCUUUA